AUGUCACAACAGCGAAGUCCUCCUCCUAUAAUGACCGAUAUUUCGUCUAUUAUUGGCAAUACACCAAUAGUCAGACUUAAUUUUAAUGAGCUAGACGAUAAGCCAAUUGAACUAUUGGCAAAACUUGAGUUUUUGAAUCCUGUAUCAGGGAGCAUUAAGGAUCGAGUAGCCAGGAGGAUAUUGAAUGACCUUGAAAAAUCCAAUAAACUGCACGCUGAUGCUACGUUAAUAAUACCCACAACUGGAAACCUUGGCAUAGCGAUUGCUCUUCUUUCUAAGAAAAAAGGUUACAAAACGCUCGCGGUUAUCCCCGAACGUACGUCAAGUGAUCGCAUCCAUCUGCUAAAGACUCUCGGCGUCGAAAUCAUUAGAACUCCAAAUGAAGCACAUCGAUCUGCUAGUGAGAGUAACUAUGCUCUUGCACUUAAACUAGCCUCGCAGAUGGUGAAUUCAAUAGUCAUUGACGAGACGACUAGUCUUGACAACGUUCAAGUUCACUAUGAUGAAACAGCCAAAGAGAUCCUUACACAGGUUCGAGGAAAAUUAGACUUGUUGGUAGUUGGUGUAGAAUCAGGAGGAACUGUCACCGGUCUUGCAAAGAAUUUGAAAUCAAUAAUUCCAGGACUGAAGGUAGUGGCAGUCGAACCACAACAUUCCAGCAUUGAGGAAGGGAAGCCAGCUACGCCACUUAGCUUACAGCACUGGAGAGUAGAAGAUAUCGGAAAUAAUUUCACUCCAUCGAUAUUGGACACUACUCUAAUCGAUACAUGGAUCAAGGUCACCGACAAAGAUUCUUUUGCAACAGCAAGGAAAUUGAUGAACGAGGGCCUAAUGGCUGGUCCAUCUUCAGGAUCAGUUGUUAGUGCUGCCUUGCAGUACGUCAAUACGUACCUUAAAAGCAGCAACAUGGUUCGCAUUCUUACGAUACUUAAUGACAGCGCACGUAAUUAUAAUAGUACUCUUUUGUCCGAUGAUUGGCUCUUGGAUAACGAUCUUUUGGAUGAAGAAGCAAUCCAUAAACUGGAAUAUCAAAGAAUUAAGCGAUACAGAGCAGCUGGCGUCGAAGACCUCCAACUUCCAGCGGCAGUUACAGUCACACCGACAGCAUCAAUUACACAUGCUCUAGAGCUAAUGCUUGAACGGGAAUACUCUCAGCUUCCUGUAAUUGAUGAUCAUCGCAAGUUAUUAGGAUACGUCUCUCAAGCGUCUCUACAAACUCAUCUUGAGGCUGGCGACGCUCACCCUCAGGAUCAGGUGGCAAAAUGGAUGUUCUCAUUUGUGGGAUCGGGAAGGCAGGGAAAAAGGGCCAAGUAUCAAAUCAUUACGCCAGAUACACCGCUAUCCGAGCUGGCCAAGUUUUUGGAUGAACAUAGUUUUGCAGUUGUAACUGAUUCGGAGCGCAAAUGGUGUCUGGGUGUUGCUACCAAAUAUGAUCUAAUCAGUUUCUUAAAUCGAAGAAAUGCAGAAUUCUAG